UUUUUGGUUCUUACCCUUUUGAAUAUUCAGUCUCUUCUCUGAUGGGUAUAGGCUGUUUUGUUAUGUUUUUUUGUUUUGACGCCAUGGAUGCCUUGCUGCUGCUUUGAAUAGUGAUAUCUCAGAAGUGGUGUUCUUUUGUGUUUAAGUUAACUAUGGCUAUGAAUCAGAAACCUCGCCUCAAAGAUUCUGCUCUGAGACGUUUUAAAUUGGUUAUUCUUGUGACAUUAUUGGGGUUCUUGCUGUUUAUGAUCCUUAUGGAAACGAAUUUGUUUCAGAAUUUUGCUCCUUGGUCUUCUGAUAAUAUUCGUGAGGAUCCAUAUGCUGGCUUUGGUCGUUUUGAUUCUAAUGAUGAACUUAAGCUGCCCAAACAAACUGAGUUAUCGAUUCGUUUAGAAAAGCGAAAUCGAUUGCCACUUCGAAACUUAGAUCUGUAUCCAAAUAUAGCCAAGGAUCAUAUACCUAUUGUACUUUAUGUGCACAAUCGACCGCAGUAUCUUCGAGUCGUAAUCGAUAGCUUGUCCAAAGUUACAGGAAUAAGUGAAACCUUGCUAAUUGUUAGCCAUGAUGGGUACUUUGAAGAAAUGGACAAGCUUGUCCAGAACAUCAGGUUUUGCUCAGUGAAACAGAUUUUUGCUCCAUACUCUCCUCAUCUCUUUCCCGACAGCUUUCCCGGUGUCUCGCCUACAGAUUGUAUGGGGAAACAUUAUCCUAUGCUAACAACAAAUUGCAGAGGGAAUCCUGAUCAGUAUGGAAACCAUCGGUUGCCUAAAAUCGUUUCGUUAAAGCACCAUUGGUGGUGGAUGAUGAACACGGUGUGGGAUGGAUUGGAGGAGACGAGGGGGUUGUCGGGUCAUAUUUUGUUUAUUGAGGAAGAUCAUUUUAUAUUGCCAAAUGCGUAUCGGAAUCUGCAGUUACUCGUGUCGUUGAAGCCUAAAAAAUGUCCUGAAUGCUAUUCUGUGAAUCUAGCUCCUAGUGAUGUGAAAUCAAGAGGUGAGGGUAACAAUUUUCUCGUUGCAGAGAGGAUGGGAAAUAUUGGUUAUGCUUUCAAUAGGUCUGUUUGGAAGAAAAUCCAUAAGAAAGCAAAG